AUGGCUGAGCCGUCGCCGGAGCAAAAGGAGCUACGACUGGUCGAGAGUGUCGAGUUCAAAAUAUUAAACGUCGCCAACAAGGAGCAGAAGCUUCACGAGCUGCUACAACGCUUCCUAGCGCCAUUGAUAUUAAAAGCCGCCAGCGACCAUGCCAGUGUCCGGGCAAAGCGCAAGGUUAUUAAAACAUUGGCACUUCUGAAAACCUUCAUUCAGCCACCGCAAGUUGUCUUGCCCGUCAAGGCACUUCUGCAACAGUACAGAACAACUGACUCCGCCGUUAUCAAGCAGCUGGAUCUCCCAUUUAUCUUGCACAGUCUUGACAGAACUGAUGUGGAAGAUCGGCGUCAUCUCCUACCCAUCGCGCUCAAGGGCCUCGCGGCGGACGAGAAUCAGCCCCGAGCAGCAACCAUUCUCAAUAUCAUCCUCCGGCUGAUCUUGGAUGUGAGAAUACCACCACGCGGCAGCAAAGACGAUGAAGCUUUCAGAAACGCGCUCGGUCUUGACGAUCCGGCUGACGCAAAGUAUUUGGCUUAUUUGCUCGGCGUCUUUCUGCGCCUGCGGGCGGCCUCGGGCUCCCAGACGCUGGCCCAAUCCAACCCAACGCUUUCAAGCACCGAGCUGGCUCUAUUUCCGCCUGAAAGCCCAGACACGGAAAAUCUGUUUCGUCGCAUAACUGAGCUCCGGGUCAAGGUCGUCACUCUUCUCGCGAGCGCUGCCUUUACGGAUGAAGAAAAAUUCCUGCCGGCCCUAUACUCUGCUGGUAGCUUUGACGGUAGAGUGGCUUCCACCGGCGAGGAGAUCAUCAAGAGGAGCUCGGUGUCCUUGGAGGACAGGCAGCUCGUUGAGCGGCUGUUUUCCGCCCAUGCCCUACUCCCUGCCGCCAAUCGCACGCGAAUCCUCGGCAUGCUGUCCAAGUCGGCCAUUUCAACGACCAUGACGGAUGGUAUCAUGAGAGUCGUGACCCUCGACUUCCUGCCUCCAGAAGAGGGAUCACCACCAAACGCAUUGCAGCCAUCCAGCACCCUCGAGCGAACCAAACUUCACAAGGCUUUAUUCCAAUACUUGUCUUGGGUCGCCCAGAUUGGCCCGUCUAAACCUGGCUUCACCAUUGGGCCACAGCUGAUUCAAAAGAUGCGAGAAUAUGUUGAAAGCCAGGGAUGGCCCGUUGCCUCGUCUCGUACCACUGAUGACAUCAACCUACGGUCGCGUGCCUAUGAAACAAUCGGCCUGCUGGCACGCAGCGCGGACAUGCCAACCGAUGACAAGCUUGACCUUGCUGCCUGGCUCUUUCGUACCUUGUCAGAGGACUCAACAAAUGAUGCCAUUGUCAACAUUGAUGGCGCUCUUUCCAGCCUGACUGCGAAUAUUGACCCCAGCACUACGGCCGAUAACUCGAUGCUCAGGACUAUGCUUCUCACCUAUAUGUCGCUCCCUCUCGAGCCACCAGUCGUUCGCAGCACACGGCAUGCCGUGGUCAAAUGGGCAAAUCAAUGCCUUCCCUUCUCCGAUAUACACGCCAGAUGGAUCGAUAUCCUGGCAGUUGCAGGCCAAUACGGCGAGCGAAAUGAUGUUAUUGAGCAGGGACACAAGGGUCUUGACCCUUGGACGUAUUUUGCUCACAGCCAGGUCAAUGCGAAAAUGCCUAGCUGGAGACAUAUGAUGGUUGCAUAUUUCGAUACACUUAUCGAGCCAGCGCCUGCGCCCGUCAAAGAAUCCGUCGAUGGGCUGCCGAUCUUACCAGCCCGUCCGGUAUUUCAAAACUUCCACGGUUCGCGAGUUCCUGCCUUCCCGGUCGCUUUGAAGUAUUGCAAGAACCUCAUGUUUCUUUCGGCACUGGACGAUUUUGCCGUCCAGCCGGACUGGAUGCAAGCUUUGAAUGCCCAGCUGAAGAACGACAUCAUGACUCAAAAUCAAGUCCGCGCCUAUUUGCAAAAGGUCGAGCCAAAAGACCUCGUCUUCUAUCUCCAGACAUGCCUCGACGGCGCGUUUGCCGAAGACUCCCCCAUCGUGGAGGACUGCAUACGUUGCUUUGUUGAAGUGGCGUCGCUCGCCCAGGCCGAGACUAUCGGUCAGCUCACGGGGCAGACGAUGAGUUUACUUCCUCUGAUUAAGUCGAACAAUCGAGAAGUUAGGACACUGGCGGCUAAGGCCACUGGCAUACUGGCCGCUCACCCCGUGAACGGUGCUGACGCCGUCUCCAACUUCUGCAUCACGUUGCACAGCUUCUUUGACAAUGCGCAGAAAAAAGCAGGCCCUGACCUAAACGCUGCAGAGGGUGCGUUGAUGGCCUUUGGUCACCUGCAGUCCCGCUGCGUCUAUUAUGACCGUGAGCUUCCGGAAACAACAUAUCCUUUGUGCUAUCUGGCAGAUGAGUCCACACCGGCUUCACUGUUCGAGGCCGCUCUCGAUGCGUUUGCGCAGCUGUGGUCUGCUAAACUGUCUGUGCCUUUGCCGACGGGGGAUCAUAGCUUAGAGAUCAUUAUCAAAAGGCUAUCAGCACAAGCUAAGAAGGGCAAUGAGCGUGCCAUUGCCGGUUUGGGUCGCCUAGCCUCUGCCAUCGACGCUAACCAGACAGAAAAUACAAGCGUUGUGACUUCAGAAUGGGAACAGGGCACGUUGGGUGCUAUUCUUAAGGGCCUAUUUGCUCUUCAUGAACUGAAGCAGGUUGAGAUUCACUUCACUGUGGGAGAAGCCAUUACGGCGGCCGUUGGUAGAUGGGACUCGGACCAGAUCAAGUUGGGGAUGGAUGUCGAGUGCCAUGGUCAUCAAUUCCAACGGAAAGCUUUGGGUUCCGUUAUCGCUGCAGUUCUUAUGAAGCUUUUCGCAGACUGCAAAGGCACCAAACCUUCUCUGCUCAAAGCGUCCGGUAUCUGGCUGUUCUGCAUUGUUCAGUACUGCUCCCAUGUCGAGCAGGUGCAGUCUCGGCUGCGAGAAACUCAAAGCGCCUUCAUGCGAUUACUGAAUGCGCGCGACGAGCUUGUGCAGGAGACAGCUUCCCGCGGCUUGUCUCUCGUCUAUGAGAGAGGUGAUGCUGAUCUCAAGUCUGCGCUGGUUAAGGACCUCGUGGCGGCUUUUACGGGCUCUGGCACACAGCUCAAGGUGGAAGAGGAUACGGAGCUGUUUGAGCCUGGCGCUCUGCCCACCGGUGAAGGCAACUCUGUUACGUCAUACAAGGAUAUCGUCAACCUCGCAAAUGAAGUUGGCGACCAGCGCCUGGUGUACAAGUUCAUGUCCCUUGCUGCCAACGCCGCAACCUGGUCUACACGCUCCGCUUUUGGCCGCUUUGGUCUGAGCAACAUCUUGUCAGAGUCUGAAGUUGACCCAAAGCUGUAUCCAAAGCUCUACAGAUACAGGUUCGAUCCGAAUUCUAAUGUCCAAAGGUCCAUGGACGAUAUUUGGAAGUCUCUUAUCAAGGACUCGAACGCGACCAUUGACCAGCAUUUCGAAGCCAUCAUGGAAGACCUACUGAAGAGCAUCCUUGGUCGCGAGUGGCGGAUGCGUGAAGCCAGCUGCGCCGCUAUCGCCGAACUCGUCCACGGCCGCCCAUUCGUGCAGUACGAGAAGUAUUAUCGGGACAUUUGGACCGCUGCGCUCAAAGUCCUCGAUGACGUCAAGGGCAGUGUGCGUGAGGCGGCACUCAAGCUCUGCAUGGGGUUGUCCAACGGUCUUGUACGCCAAUUGGAAGAGAGCAACCACAGUGUCGCUGCCAAGGCAAUGAUGGGAGAGGCGCUUCCCUUCUUGCUGUCCGAAAAGGGUAUCGAGAAUUCCGUGCAAGAGGUGCAAAUCUUUGCGACGAUUACCGUCAUGAAGAUUUGCAAGCAUGGCGGCGUGUCUCUGCGCCCAUUCAUCCCGGAGAUUGUCUCCCACAUGCUGGGUUUGUUGAGUACAAUCGAGCCGCAGCAGAUCAAUUACCACUACCAGCGCGCCGGUGAAGAAAGCCGCGAUCAGAUUGACAAGUUGCGCUCGCAAAUGGUCAACCAGUCGCCUAUUUCCGAGGCCAUCGAGAACAGUCUGCGGUUUGUUGAUGCUGAUGUCAUGCUACAGCUGGCCCCAAGGCUGGAGGCGACGAUCAAGACCGCCAUCGGUAUGCCGACCAAGAUUGGGUGCAGUCGCGUGCUGACGACACUGUUUACGCGACACACCAGCGACAUCAAGCCGUUGUCGAGCAAGUUCCUGAAACUACUCGAAAAGCAAACCCUGGAUAAGAAUGACGAGGUCAGCCAAGCAUACGCCAGAGCGGCCGCUUACAUCAUGAGGGCGGUGGAGGACGCUGAUCGCCAGCGCUUCUGCAGUGGUCUGGUAGAGCUGUACUUUAAUGGCGAGGACGAAAGUCGCCGCCAAAAAGUAUCCGACGUCGUUGUAUCGCUGGCCAAGAUUUCACCUGAUCACUUCUCCAGCCAAGAAGCGGACCUGCUGCCUUUUGCCUAUCUCGGAUCUCACGAUACGGACGAGUACGCGAGCAAGGUUUUCAAGGAGGUCUGGAGCCAACACGCUGGCAGCAGCCGCACCGUCAUGCGGUACGUGCCCGAGAUUGUCGCGCUAGUCGAGCGCUGCCUCGCAACGACGCAAUGGGCGCUCCGGCACACCGGCGCCUUUACAAUCGCGGCCGCGAUCUCCGAUGUUGCGAGCGCCACCGAAAUGACAGGGGGCAUCGGCGAGCCCAACUGCAAGGCUCUCUGGCCGUCCUUCGACAAGGCGCUGGCCCUUAAGACAUUCCCCGGCAAGGAGAAGGUGCUCUCGUCGUUUCCAAAGUUUGUCAAGAGCAGUCAGGCAUUCUGGAAGGGCAACGAGCAAGUCUCGGCGCAAAUGAAAAAGAUUUCGAUCCGCGAAGCGAAGCGCAACAACGACGAGUACCGCCCGCACGCGUUUCACAGUCUCUGGGAGUUUGCGCAAGCGAGAAGCGAUCUGGAUCUCCUGAGCGAAAUCGCGGACAUUGUGACGCCGUAUUUGGACACGCUGACGGACGAGGACAAGAUGGAGGUGGAUUCCAAGGAGGACAAGGGCGCGGACACGGCGCGCAACGGCUUCGAGGCCAUUGCGCGCGGCUACACGCGCUCGCCGUCGCGGGACGUGGCGGCCGUCGCUGCAGCCGUGCUCAAGACGCUGCAGCCGUACCUGGCGCACGACAAGUUCGGCGCCAUCAAGCGCGAGGUCUGGUACAAGUGCGUCGCGGACAUGAUGGCGGAAGCGACCGCGGACCUCAAGACCGGCGCCACAACGGACGCGGACGGCGGCGCGGCUACUACACUGACAGAGUACUUGGAUAGCCUGGACCUGGAAAGGGUGGAGACGGGGACGCACCCGCAGCGCAACCAGCGCAUCGAGGCCGUGGCGGCGGCACUCAAGGCUCGUGAGGCGGGCGUGUUCGGGGCGGGGGCGGGAGCGGCAGAGGGAAAGAAGCUGAGGGAGAUGGUGGAACGGGCGGUGCAGGAGGAGAGGGCGAUGGAUCUGCAGCGGGCGUGGAGGAAGAUCUUGGAGGAGCUAGCUUAG